AUGACAGCGGACGCGACCGAAAAAGACGUGAAAACGGCCGCCGCGCCAGUGACCGACGCCCAGGACGUCGCCUCCGAGCUGACGGCCAUCUACAUAGAUCCCGAGCGCGAGGCGGCCGCCCUCCGCAAGUUUGACCGCUGGCUCGUCCCGGUUGCCUUUUCCUUUCUCGUCCUCUCGUCGCUCGCCCACGCGGGCUACGCCGGCAUGUUCGUCCACGUGCUCGGCGUCUACCCCAUCUCCACCCUAGUCGUCGCCUGGAUGGGCACCAACCUCUCGCCCGACAACAAGCGCGCCUUUGGCCUGCCCUUCUUCUACUCCAUCGGCAACCUCUCGCUGCUCGUCUCCUCCCAGCUCUACCCCAGCACCCAGGGCCCCCGCUACGUCCAGGGCAAUGCCGUCUCCGCCGGCCUCGAAGUCGUCGCCGCCGCGCUCUACUUGUGCAGCUGGCUCAUCCUGCGCCGGCGCAGCGCCCAGAAGAAGAAGCUCAUCAGCGAGGGCGCCACCGACAAUGGCAUGGAGGGCGACCGUGCACUCGACUUCACCUAUGGCCUGUGA